AUGCGUCUGUUCCCCCGCCGCCGGACGUCCAUUCUGAAAUUGGCUGUCCUCGGAGGGGCCAUCUUCAUGGUGGUUAUGCUGGUGCUCCAGAAGGAUCCUGAUGUCUCUUUACCCAAUGACCCAAGGAUUUGGAUGCAGGCGGGAGGUGGGGAGAAAGUGAUGGUCAUGGUCCGUGAGGCCGUCAAAAACUUUGGCUUUCAGAUGCCAAAUCCAGAGGAAACCAAGAUUUGCGACCCUGGUUUCUACAGCAAGGCUGAGCUCAAGCCUCACCUGGAGAGACCCCCUCAAGAUCCCAAAGCGCCCGGCGCCAAUGGUGAAGGCUUCGAAAAAAGCAAUAUGUCUCCCGAGGAGAUCAAGGAAAAGGAUGCAGGCAUGACCAAACAUUGCUUCAACCUGUUUGCCAGCGAUCGCAUCUCGCUUAGCCGUAGCCUCGGCGACGACACUCGGCCUCCAGAGUGUGUGGCCCAGAGGUUUCCCCGAUGUCCUCCCCUGCCGGACACCAGCGUGAUCAUCGUGUUCCACAAUGAGGCCUGGUCAACAUUGCUCCGGACAGUGUACAGCGUCCUGCAUACAUCACCUGCCGCUCUUCUUAAAGAAAUUAUCCUUGUGGAUGACGCCAGCACUGAAGCUUACCUGCAGAACCAACUGGUGGAGUUUGUCCGUGAGUUUAAAAUUGUCCGUGUGAUGAGACAGCAGGAAAGGAAGGGACUGGUCCCGGCCCGACUGCUGGGCGCCAGCGUCGCACAAGGCCAAGUGCUCACCUUCCUCGAUGCACACUGUGAAUGUUUCCACGGUUGGCUGGAGCCUCUGCUGAGCCGCAUUGUGGAAGAACCCACGGCAGUGGUCAGUCCACACAUCACCUCCAUCAACCUCGACACAUUCAAAUUCCAAAAGCCCGUGCCCAACCAACAUUACAGCACCCGAGGAAACUUUGACUGGUCAAUGACUUUUGGAUGGGAGAGCAUCCCCUCCGACAUAUUUGCGAAGCGCAAGAAUGAAACUCAUCCUAUUAAAACUCCCACUUUUGCUGGAGGUCUGUUUUCCAUAUCAAAAAGCUACUUUGAACAUAUUGGAACAUAUGAUGCUGAGAUGGAGAUUUGGGGUGGCGAGAACGUGGAGAUGUCUUUCCGGGUGUGGCAGUGCGGCGGUCAGCUGGAAAUCCUUCCUUGCUCGGUGGUGGGCCACGUCUUUCGCACCAAGAGUCCGCACACCUUCCCCAAAGGCACCGAGGUCAUCACUCGCAACCAAGUGCGCCUGGCCGAGGUCUGGCUGGAUAACUACAAGCAUGUCUUCUAUCGGCGAAACAAAAGGGCCGGCACCAUCGCCAGUGAGCACUCGUACGGAGACAUCUCCAGUCGUCUGGAACUAAGAGACAGACUACAGUGCAAGAACUUCUCUUGGUACCUGGACACCAUCUACCCAGAAUUGUUUGUUCCCAAACCACCAGAAAAAUAUGGAGCAAUAAGGAACGGUGGCUCUAAAAAGUGCCUGGACAUUGGUGAAAAGAACAAAGGAGGGAAACCUCUGAUAAUGUACCAUUGUCACAACCAGGGUGGCAACCAGUACUUUGAGUAUACGUCAGACAAUGAGCUUCGUCAUAACAUCGGCAAAGAGCUGUGUCUUCAGGCGAAGCACUCCCCCGAGCCGGUGUCUGUAGAGCCAUGCGAGCUAAAGGGGAGGGGCUCUAAACCUUCACCACACCAGCAGUGGGUCUUCGUGCAGGGGGUGCUUUUGAAGAAUCCCAUCAGUGGAAAAUGUUUAAUGUUGAAAGGAGACAACAUUAUAUUGGACAAGUGUAAUGUUGUGGACCCUUUUCAGCACUGGACCUUCACCUGA